AUGGACGAGGUCUGUGAUGGAUACCAGAUAGUUGAUACUCUACACAUAGAAUCCUUCAAUCAUGGACAACGGGCACGCGCUCACAGACCGAAUAGAAAACAUCGAGCGGCAGUCGAUGGCGUGCUGCGAUUUGAACCGCAACCCUACAAUAAGAAGCUGGAAUUAAACAGUUCUGGGAAAAUACACUGCAAAGUUGCAGGCGGUGCUUCUCCUGUAGUCACUUGGUCAUUGAACGAUGCAGAUCCCCUACCAGAGGGUGUCACAUCAGCCAAUGGUACGUUGAUGGUGUCAGAAGCUAAGAGAAGCCACUCUGGCAACUACACCUGUCGGGCGUCUGAUGGUGACCAGAAUAUAACAGCGAGAAUCACUUUGGAUGUUGUUGUUGCUCCAAGAGUAAUAGAACCGAGCCCGGGACAACAAAUGCACGUAACAGUGGGACAGACUGUGUCCCUUAACUGCUUAGCGUCUGGGGAUCCCCCGCCCACCACGCACUGGGAUAGAAACCUGACGAUACUUCAUCAACAACAAGAUGGAGUCGACAUUGAAGGUGGAGUAAAUGCUUCGAGUUCACGAUUAAUCCUUCUAAACAACGGUACUCUUCUCAUACGCGAUGUGAAAGAGGAGGAUUCAGACAGAUACGGCUGCACGGCCGGCAGCGCCGCCGGCUUGGCCAGAAUUGAACUGGAACUAUUUGUUCAUCCAGAAGGCGAACUACCCCAAGAGUCUACAGGCGUAGCCGGGAAAGCAGUGCUAGUUUCCAUAUCAGUGGCCGGAGCCUACAUGAUAUUAGUGUUAGCUCUCAUGCUAUAUUGUAGACGGAGACGAUUGCAAAGAAGGCAGCGAGGUGAAAAAAUGGAGUUAGAGAUGGCAGAAGGGAGAGAGAAGUUAGUAGAAGAGGGAGUAGAAGAAGAGAAGAAAGUGACAGUGAACGGCGUGCCCGCGCACAACGGCCGCCUCAUGCCACAUGAUAGGGAUAGUGGUGCUGACAAUUCUGAAGUGUCGGGUAUAUCUCGGGCUUCGAAGAAAUCAGGGCAAUAUGAUCAUCUCACCGUGCCCAGGACUUUACUGACUGAACAGAUUGUUUUAGGUCGUGGUGAAUUUGGUGACGUAUCGUUAGCUAAAAUAGAUAUGGCGCAGUUAAAAAAGCUAAGGAACAAAGACAAGGAUAAAGAAAUGGAGCCGCACGUGAAGCCUGUGCUUGUUAAAGCCCUCACUACUAAGGAUGAGGUCCAGUUAGCAGAGUUCAGACGUCAGUUGGAGGUGUUCGCGCGCGCACGUCACGAGCACGUGGCGCGUCUGCUCGGCCUCUGUAAUGAGGCCGAUCCGCACUAUAUGCUUCUAGAACAUACUGAAUGGGGCGACCUAAAGUCCUUCCUAAUAGCAACACGAACAGAAGCAGAGAACGAAGAGUACAUAGCGCGCGUGGGUCCCGCGCACCGGCUGCCGGCAGUCGCGCCGGCACCGCCGCUGCAGCCGGCGCACGCGGCCGCGCUCGCUGCGCACCUGGCGGCCGCCGCCGCCGCACUGGCCGCUAAGCGGCUCACGCACAGAGACAUAGCGGCCCGCAACUGCGUAAUAACUUCGAAGCUGCAACUCAAGCUGUCCUUCCCCGCACUCACCCGCGGACCUAACUCGCACGAGUACUACAAGUUGCACGAUCAGGUGAUACCGCUACGUUGGCUCCCCUACGAAGCGGUGAUGGAAGGCGAAUAUUCCACUAAGUCAGAUGUGUAUAUGUUCGCGGCUACUGUGUGGGAGAUUUAUACAAAAGCCGAAAUGCCAUUUGCAAAACUAAACGACAACUCAGUGUUAGAAAGGCUGAAGAAUGAUUCUCUAGAGUGGAAUAUACCGGGUGCGAUGCCCGAGCGACUUGGGACUAUACUCAAACGGUGCUGGAACAAAUCUCCGGCGGAUCGACCACAGUUCAAUGAGAUAUCCGAGGAAAUGAAAAUUAUUAUACAAGAUAUGACGUCUGAGAGCGUGUCGCAACACUCGCAGGAUAAAAUAGAGGAAGAACCU